UGAAGGUCUUGACAUAAUCCGUGUCCACAGAUGUCAAUCUAAACGGACAAGAAUCAUUAAACUUUCAUGUAAACAUAUAUAUGAACAAAGAAUAUUGUUACAAUUUUAUCAUUACUGAUUGUUAUGAUGCUGCAUUAUGGCAGAUGGACGGUUGGUUAACUACCGGCCCAAUUAUAAUCUGAACUUACCACCACCAAGAACCGAAGCAGGUGCAUCCACAAGUACACUCAGGCUCUUCCAAUUAGGGCCAGCAACACCAGAUCAGCAAAACAAAUCAAAGAACUUCCGGCCCACUGGAGCACCACAUUGGUUGGUAGACAAAAUCCCAAUUCAAGAAAAUGAUGAUAUAGAGAAUGUUUUCUCUCAACAACCUAAAAUUGCAGAGAAACAAUCUAAUCAAUUAUUGCAGAACAUUGUGGACGAAUAUGCAGCCAUACUGAAAUUGCCAAAAGAAAAGAGCAUUUCUGAUAAUGGAAGUCGUCUAGUGUUAUCUCAACCACCUGAAAUUGUAGAGAAACGAUCUAAUCAAAUAAUGCAGAACAUUGUGGACGAAUCUACUUCCACAUUGGAAUUGCCAAAGGAAAAGAACGUGUCUGAUGAUGGAAAUCAUGAAGGAAUUAAUAUGAACAAGACACCACAGCAGAAACCAUCCAGAAGAAGAAAACACCGACCAAAAGUAGUAGUGGAAGGGAAACCCAAAAGGACACCAAAGCCUACCACAAAAAAUAAUAGCCCCGAUGGAAAUCCUUUGGGUAAAAGGAAGUAUGUGCGCAAAAAGGACAUCAAAACCUCCACAACUCCACUGGCUGGUGUAGUGAACGAAGUUGGAGUCUCUAACGUGAACUCUGCAGAAAAAUCAUGCAGGAGAAUGUUAAACUUUGACUUGGAAAAUGGAGCAGAAAAGCAAAGCAGGGACAGAGCAAUUGGUAACCAAGAAGAGAUAAAUGAAAAGAGAAAGAUGCCUUUUACUUGGAACUUGGAUUUUCACAAUGCAGAGGGGCAUAUGGGAUUCAACGCAGAAUCUACAUCAUCUUCAGUGAAGGAAUGGCAUCAAAGCGUACGUAGCAUGGAGAAACGACAAACGGAGAAUCCACAAAGUUUUGUCCCCUUUGUACAUCACACCCCACUGCAAUUACCGUUGCCAUUUCCAACUUCAGCACCAUCUUCAGCAAGGGAUCAUACAUUAAAUGUCAUAGCAAGGAGAUUGAGUAUGCGAAAUGCUAAUAUAAACCAAAGGGGAAGCCCGAGUUGGUACAGUCAGGUGGAUCAUAGUGUCAGUGGAGUACGACAGGCCCAGUUUGCCAUACAAACACAUGCAAAUGAAACAAAGGUAGAUGGAAGAAGGCAACCAAUGCUGCAGACUGGGACUCAACUCCUGGAUGAUCUGGUGGACAUCAUUGACAGGAGAGGAUCCAAGAGAGAAUAUUCCCAAACUGAGCUGACACAACCAGAAACUUCUGCGCUGAUGGGCACUCAACUAUUGUGCCAGGGAGUUUCUGAGACCGGCUAUUGUGCCAGUGAGAGCAACAAAUUAUGGCAAGAUGGUUUAGAAACUAGUAAGAGAAGGAAGGUUGAUGAUAACUUUCAUGUAACCUCAUCAAGCACGCCUUCUAACAUAACUUUUGAACAUUGCUCAAGACAAGUCGAAGGAAGAGACGUGAAAAGUGUCUGUGCAAAUGGCUCUACUUUACACCUGAAUGGUGGACUACCAUAUUCUGACUUUGAAGGAAAGAGCACCUCCUGGAAGCCAGACAAUGAAGCCAACAAGGUCCACGAUCAGUAUAUGAACCCCGGAAACUUUCGACAUGAAUUUCAGCGGCAACUUACUUCAUCUCAAGUUUAUUCAUUUGCAGAACAUAUGGUGCAGAACGUCACUUGUCACACUAAUAAAGCCCAAAGCAGCAAUUCCCUUGGUGCAAUUCUAUGGAAUCAGGCGUCUUCAUCUCAAAGGGGCCCUAAAAUCAUUCGAGGGAAUGAAAUAAUAAAUUCUUCUAUUCACCUUUCGGUGAAGGAACAAACAGCUAGACUGAAAUCAUUCAACCAAGCAAUUAAUAUGGAGAAAGUCAUCAGUAAAGAGAACAAGACAAGGGGUUACAAAGGCUCGCUUGGAGACAGCAGACGUUUAUUUUCAGUUGAUAAUAUUAUAGAAAGUUUAAAAUCUCUGAGCAUCAACUGUAGUGGAAAGAAAAUUGUUGGGGAGGAGCAAGGUGCACUUGUUCCAUAUAAACAAGAUGGUGCUAUCGUUCCAUAUGAAGAAUUUGAUCCAAUUAAAAAACGACGGCCACGACCUAAAGUGGAUCUUGAUCCAGAGACAAAUAGACUAUGGAAUCUUUUGAUGGGUAAGGAAGGAAGUGAAAGCACAGAAACGACAGACAAGAAUAAAGAAAAAUGGUGGGAAGAAGAGAGGAAAGUGUUCCGCGGACGAGUAGACUCGUUCAUUGCACGGAUGCAUCUUGUUCAAGGUGAUAGACGAUUCUCCAAAUGGAAAGGAUCAGUUGUUGACUCCGUGGUAGGAGUGUUUCUCACACAGAAUGUAUCAGAUCAUCUUUCAAGUUCUGCUUUCAUGUGUCUUGCAGCCAAAUUCCCCCUGAAAUCGACAAUUAUCAGACAAUCAUGCUAUCAAAAUGAAGUUAGCCCAUCAGUUGAAGAACAUGAGGUUCAAGUAACUUGUCCAGAUGGCACUAUAACUUAUGAUCACAGCACAAUAAGACAGCCAGUGUACAACCACAACUCUGUAACAUCCAGUGAAUCGUGUCAAUAUAGAGCAGGAAAUGUUGUGACAGGAACAAGAAACUUUGCAAUGGACAAGCAAAAUAGAAGAGCAGAGGAUGACGUAAUUUCAUCACAAAGUUCUUCUGAAUCCCUUGUAUUCCAAGCAAAUGAAGAUAUCAGAUCCAGCUCAGGAUCAAAUUCAGAAGCCGAAGAUCAGAUAUCGGUGUGUCAUUUAGGCAAAAACUGUGGCCCUCUGAAUCUUUUUGAACAGGCUGAAAGAAUGGCUGCAUUACAGGAAUAUCAGCGUCGAGUGAUGGGAAGUUCUUCUGCAAAUAAAAAUCUCCCUCAAUCAGAAAAUCCUGUGUACAACCUGCAAAAUCAAGGACUGGAUGGAGGCAGCAAGGCAUAUGCCAGUCCAAUCACUUCCAAUUUGCCGCAUCAUCAGAGGCCAAUCCCUCCAUCCACCAAUUCCUGGUUGGGCAUGAGAACAGGCUUGGAAGAAUGGGAAUCAAAUUUCCUGGCAUCUCCAGGAAAAGAAAGCAUAUCCUCUUUGGCUUCAACAGAUUUUGAGAAUACCAAGACAACAGAUGCAGAAAGAAGUUUUAUCAACCAACAGACUGAAAGACCAGAUCCAGCAACAAGAGUGGACCAUACAAUUCAAAACAAGUGCCUUGAACCACAGACUAAUAUACAAUCUGGGUAUCAAAGCAGAGAGGGCCAACAUUCCACCAACUGCAACAGAGGAAGCCACAAGACCACUCAGCAAGAAAGCAACUUCCUAUCAGACUGCACAAUGCCUGCUGAAGCAUUCAAUGAAAAGCCAAAUGGACAAGUAAAUUCUUCUACCAAACCAACAAAUUGGACAGGUCCCACAAGUUCAAAUGCAAGAAAGACAAAAGUUGAGAAGGAAAAGAGAGAAGCAUGUCUUUGGGAUGAGUUGAGAAAGCAGGCACAAUUGGAGGUGGGAAAAAGAGAGAGAACUGAGGAAACAAUGGACUCUUUGGACUAUGAAGCAUUAAGAAAGGCUAAUGUUCGUGAGAUUUCUGAAACAAUCAAGGAAAGGGGAAUGAACAACAUGCUAGCAGAGAGAAUUAAGGAUUUUCUCAAUCGACUGGUUGACGACCAUGGAGGAAUGGAUCUGGAAUGGUUGAGAGACGUUCCACCAGAAAAGUCAAAAGAUUAUCUACUAAGCAUACGAGGACUGGGGUUAAAGAGCGUGGAGUGCGUACGCCUAUUAACACUUCAUAACCUUGCAUUCCCUGUUGACACAAAUGUUGGACGAAUUGCCGUGCGACUUGGAUGGGUGCCUCUCCAGCCACUACCUGAGGCACUCCAAUUGCAUCUCCUUGAAUUGUACCCAGUUCUGGAAUCUAUCCAGAAAUAUCUUUGGCCCAGACUCUGUAAGCUGGAUCAGAAAACAUUGUAUGAGCUACACUAUCAAAUGAUAACAUUUGGAAAGGUUUUCUGCACAAAGAAACAACCAAAUUGUAAUGCAUGCCCAAUGAGAGGAGAGUGCCGACACUUUGCUAGUGCUUUCGCAAGCGCAAGACUUGCCCUCCCUGGGCUAGAAGAGAAAAGCAUUGUCGCGUCUACUCCUCGAACGACUGCCAAUGAAAACCCUGGUGUAACAAUAAAGCCAAUGUCACUACCACCAGUAGGUGACAAUUCAGACAGAGAAACAGGGUUAAGUACCUGUGAACCUAUAAUUGAAGAACCCACAACGCCAGAACCACCUGUGGAACUGUCAGAAACUGAUAUUGAGGAUGCAUUCGAUGAGGAUCCCGACGAAAUCCCUACAAUCAAACUCAAUAUAGAACAGUUUGCUUCAAAUUUGCAGAGCUUUAUGCAAGAGCAGAACAUGGAAACGAAAGAAACUAAUUUGUCGAAAGCCCUUGUCACUUUGCGUCCAGAAUUCGCUUCAAUCCCAACGCCCAAACUGAAAAGCAUGAGUAGACUGCGGACAGAGCACCAAGUCUACGAACUCCCAGAUGAUCAUCCACUACUGAAAGGGAUGGAAAGGCGAGAAGCUGAUGAUCCUAGUCCAUACCUUCUUGCUAUAUGGACCCCAGGAGAGACUGCAGAUUCAAUCCAAGCACCUGAAAGUAAAUGCAACCGUCAAGAAUUAGGUGGACUGUGUGAUAAGAAAAUGUGCUUUUCAUGCAAUAGCAUAAGAGAAGAAGAAACACAGACAGUCAGAGGCACACUUCUGAUUCCGUGCAGAACAGCAAUGAGAGGGAGUUUCCCACUGAAUGGUACUUACUUCCAAGUCAAUGAGGUAUUUGCGGAUCAUGAAUCUAGCCUUAAUCCUAUCAGUGUUCCAAGAAAUAUGCUAUGGAGCCUGCCAAGACGGACAGUUUUCUUUGGGACCUCUGUCUCAACCAUUUUUAAAGGCUUGACAACUGAAGGUAUCCAAUACUGCUUCUGGAGAGGAUUUGUUUGUGUUCGAGGAUUUGAGCACAAAACGCGAGCACCAAGACCUCUGGUGGCCAGAUUGCAUUACCCUGCAAGCAGGACGCCCCAGAAAAAGGAGAAAAAAUAAGAGAAGAAAUGGUGCUGGGCGAGUUGAAAGUUUGAGAACCUAACCAAUAAAUGUCCACACCAAAAUUAAAUAAGGGACUGACGUAGGAUUAGAAAGCAACAGAUUGUUUACAUUCAAGCGCACAACUCUUCACAUGAGUUAUAGUUAUUUGUAGUUUAGGUGGUAGAAAAGAAAAAAAUUAAGAUAUAGGAUGAGAUUCAAUUGACAAUGUUGUACAUCAUAGACAGUUCAGAUCUUUUUCAAAUUAUGCUCAUUGACGGAGCCGUUUUUCAAUGUCGAUAGAGAAAGGUAGAAGUCAAGAAAUAGAAUUGGGAUGUAGUAUCAUUGGGAUUACAUGUAUUCAUACAUUUCUUCUGAGUCUUCUAAUAGAGGCCUUGGAUGCAUUUUGUUUUGA